CUCUGACAAAUAUGAUUGAAGGGCACUCAUACGUAACGACAAAGUUUUCGAGACUGAGACACACAACUAAAAAACGUAUAUCUUUGAGCUUACCGAACAAACGUUCACACACGGGGGAAACAGCUGUGGGACAGACGAAAGUGAUCAAUAUCCACCAGAUCAUGAUUUUCAUAGUCAUACCCACAAUGACCUGAAAUCAUCUUCGCCGUCUAUGAGCAGUCCAUCUAAGCAAAUCUACCCACCCUGCUAUCCACCCGGCACAGUUCUACCAGAAUACCCUACCAGCUGCCAUCCACACCAUGCUACUGGGUGUUUUUACCCUCCUUACAGCAGGUCACCUCCUCAGGACACGGUUCUCCAGCCUGCUGAAGGUUCCAGGACUACAGCUAUCAAACAGGAGCCAGGUGAUAAAGACUCUGAUAAUGGCGUAUCCUUUGACAAAUCGAAAGCAAUCCAGCGUAAAUCCUCAUGGAAACCUCACACGAACACCCAUGGCCUGGAUCUGUCAGAACGACAAGAAUAUCAAAAGCAACGGGAUAUGAAUGAGAGCAAGAGCAGUCACUUCCAAGCUUCAGGAAGGCGAGGCUCUCUGCAACUUUGGCAGUUUCUAGUUGCACUUCUCGAUGCUCCCGAUACCAGCGCUGGAUGCAUCGCUUGGACUGGGAGAGGAAUGGAGUUCAAACUGAUUGAACCAGAAGAGGUAGCUCGUCGGUGGGGUGCCCAGAAAAACCGACCGGCGAUGAACUAUGAUAAACUAAGCAGAUCCUUGAGAUACUACUAUGAAAAGGGCAUUAUGCAAAAAGUCGCAGGCGAGAGAUACGUCUACAAAUUCGUUUGCGACCCUGAGGCUUUGUUCAACAUGGCGUACGGUGCCGCAACUCAUCACCAACCAACCCAUCCCGCUUCUGACGUUCCUCACCACCACCACAUCAAAGCUCAAAGACCUGAGAACCUCAGUACCAAAAUGGAUACAGCUGCAACUCACCAUCUAACGUACACGGCUGACAUGUUCAGUUUCUAUGGCAACUGUCAUACUAUAGCGCAUCAACACUUGCAUCCAUACUUGCAAGAAGCCAAGCAUAGAAGAUAUACGUAAUAAAAGAGAACGUGAUGUUUUGUUUCCUUAUUGUUACGUUUGAAGAUAUGUACAGGGUAUCUUGAAAUUGGGAAAUUACACAAGGAUAGUUCUUGAAAAAAUUAGCAAAUUUUCCUAAUAACAUACAGUAAAGUUUUUACCUGCGAUAUCCAAUCCGGCCCUGUUUCGAUUAGAUGGAAGUAGAAAAGGUGUAUCCGAAAAUUUGCUCACAAGAUGCUACUGAUGCUUCGCAAGUGUAUUCAGAUCGUCUUGAUAGACGUUCCCAUCCCGCACCGCGUAGGUUUCUUUAUUUCGUACAAAGACCGUUUGUGGCAAAGGCGAGAAGGUCAGUGUAGAGAGUCAGUCAGCCGCGAAUGUUGCAAAUUGAGGAGAAAGUUCACAAACAUGUGUUUUCGAAUAGUGUAUUUAUAAGCAACAUGUAGCAGGUUAGUACAUAAUGAAGUUUCAUAUCAAAUAAGCAGUUUCAUGUUUUCCUACAUUUUUUCUGCUGUUUUAUACACAUAAUAGCUUUGCUAUUUUAUAUGUUGUUGAUUUUAAAGAGGAAAAUCCCAAUGUUCAGAAUACCCUGUUCUUCACUGAAUUUGGAGAGAUAACCAGUACCUUGAUUGGCAUUUUAAAAAAACCCGUACUAUUACAAGUGAAGCCAACAGAUUGUGAUCUUGAACGUUGUUUCGUUGAUUUUGGAGGUGAUUUCAAGGUCAUUUUUGAAACAUUCGAAUACACAUAUUAUAAUGUAUUAUAUCAAUACUUUGAAGAAAUACAGGGUGUUCAUUUGAAAACUUCUCAUCACGGAUUUAUCAAAAACCACUGAUUAAAAGAAAAAACGCCGAAAUACGUCAAAAUAUUUGUCAAGGGGGACAACUUUUUAGCCAAAAACUAUCUCACCUCUUUUCAUCCUCUGCCCUCAUCCCCUUAAAAAUUUUAAAUGAAGAGGGGUAUCGAGUAAUAGCUUGUUUGACCGGUCUUUAUUUUGACGUUUGAUUUUUUAAAAUGAG